AUGUCCGACCCCCUCGCCCUCCUGCGGCAGUCCAUAGCGGACAACCGCCCCGCCGAGCUCCUCACGUCGUCCGGCGAGCCCACGACGGCGCUCACCGACGCCGCCUCCCUGCGCUUCGCAGACAUCGUCGUCCCGAAGGACGCGAGCACCCGCUACGCGCGCUCCGACGCGCGCACCGAGUUCUACACUAUCGGCCAGCUCUGGGUCGUGUGGGAGAAGCGCGAUGCCUCCCUCAAGGACUUUAUGCAGAGUUUCACCGCGCUCGGCGUCGGUAAUGUGCCGAUUGCGGACCGCCGUGCCGUGCAGGCGUUCUUAGCGGGCGAGAGCGAUGGUGGCGCGCGUGUCGGCGAGGCAAAAGCGCCCGUGCCAGAAGCAGGGCCGAGUAGGCCGGCAGCGCCGAAGCGCAAAUACGAGGUGAAUGUCGCAGACCGCGAGUUCUGCAAAAAGCUGCGCACCGAGGAGAUCGAGCUGCGCGAUCGCAACACGGUCCUGCGCGUGUCGGGGACAGGCAAGGUCAACAACUUUGAGCAGUUCGUCAAGGGGGUUAUGAGCGAGAAGAUUCGUGCACUGCGCAAGAGCUUUGAUACGCGCGGCGCGGCGCCUGCGCCUGCCGCAGCGCCAGCAGACAUCAACCGCGCGCGCAAGCACAAGCAAGCGCACCCAAUCAUCAUCAUCUCGUCGUCGCCCACCUCGCUCAUCACCAUGUGGAACGUGAAAAAGUUCCUCGAACACGGGAUUUUCGAGCCGAGCGACGUCGCGCGCGCAAACGAGAUGCGCGAGGGUAACAUGCACGCGGCGGACAUUGUGCGCGUGCUGCGCAAGCGGCAGGGCGCGGCGGGCGAGACGACGACCGAGUACCGUGUCGUGGACAGCGUGGACGGGCUGCACAAGUGCGGGCAGGACCCGUGGGACCGCGUCAUCUGCGUCGUGACCACGGGCCAGGCGUGGCAGUUCAAGCCGUACAAGUGGGUCGAGCCGCGCGUGCUCUUCCGCCACGUCAAGGGCAUCUACUUCCAGUGGCAGAACGAGAGCGCGAACCCCGCCGUGCGCGACUGGAACGUGACGGAGAUGAGGAUCGACCGGACCCGGCGGCACACGGACAGACAGGUCGUCGCAGAGUUCUGGCGCACCCUCGACAACUUCCGGCGCAGGUAG